AUGGGAGCCUCCUGUUUUGCCCUUGCUGCAGAUGUGGUGUUUUCCUUCAUUCUUGGCUCUCAAGAUGGAGCCUUGAAAGGCUACUGGAGGCAGAGGGUUCCUGUGGCCUUUGAGGAGGUGGCUGUUAAUUUCACCAGUGAAGAGUGGUUGCUGCUAGAUCCUAGCCAAAAAGCCUUGUAUCAAGAAGUCAUGUUGGAAACGUCUAGGAUGGUGGCCUCUUUAGGUAAGGGUUCCUCUGGAGGAAUUGAUCACCAGAAGAAUGACCAUUGCCAAGAGAACGGUAUAGUGUCAUCACAAAUGAUCAAAAUUGAAAUAUCAGACGAGACAUGCACAAAUAAGUGGGGAAGGAAGAGAGAUGACAAAAGCCAAUCUUACAACUGGAGAGAAAAAUCCAUUCUCAAAGACGCAGAAAUGGGUCACCACUUCCUGACCCAAUGUGAUUACAAAGAAAGCAGCAAAGGAAAUUGUCGUGGAACUGGGAAAAGAUUCAAAGCAAAACUCAAUUUUAGUAAUAAUAGCACAAUUAAAAAAAGCUUCAUCACUAACAAUAUUUUGCCCCAGAGAAUGAUCCAUGCCCCAGAGAAGCCCUUUAAAUGUAUGAACUGUGGAAAGAGCUUUAGGUCGAGUAGUAAUUUAACUUCCCAUAAAAGGAUCCACUCGGGGGAAAAGCCUCAUAAAUGCAUAGAAUGUGGGAAAAGCUUCCAUAUGAACAGUUCCCUUAUUUUUCAUAAAAGGAUCCAUACAGGAGAAAAACCCUAUAAAUGUAUAGACUGUGGAAAGUGCUUCACAAUAAGCAAUUCCCUUAGUUAUCAUAAAAGAAUCCAUACGGGAGAGAAACCCUAUCAGUGCUUAGUGUGUGGAAAGAGCUUCAGCCAAAGCAGUUCCCUUACUUCCCAUAAAAGGGUCCACACAGGAGAGAAACCCUAUAAAUGCAGUCUGUGCGGAAAGAGCUUCAGGUACAGUGGUUCUCUUACUUCCCAUAAUAGGGUCCACUCAGGGGAGAAACCAUAUGAAUGUGAAGAUUGUGGGAAAAGCUUCAGUAUGAAGAGUUCCCUUAUUUCUCAUAAAAGGAUCCACACCGGAGAGAAACCUUAUCAAUGUAUAGAGUGUGGGAAGAACUUCAGCACAAGCAGUGACCUUAGUUCCCAUAGCACGAUCCACACAAGGGAGAAAAAAUAUGCAUGCAUGAUGUGUAAAAAGAGUUUCAGAUCACGGAAACAACUUACUUCACAUAAUAGGAGGAUGCAUACAGCAGAGAAACCCUAUAAGUGCCCGGACUGUGGAAAAAGCUUCAGCAUGAACAGUUUCCUUAGUUCUCAUAAAAGGGUCCAUACUGGAGAGAAACUGUUUCAAUGCUUGGAAUGUGGGAAGAACUUCAACACGAGCAAUGACCUGACUUCCCAUAAAAGGGUCCACACGGGAGAGAAACCUUAUCAAUGUAUAGAGUGUGGGAAGAACUUCAGCACAAGCAGUGACCUUAGUUCCCAUAGCACGAUCCACACAAGGGAGAAAAAAUAUGCAUGCAUGAUGUGUAAAAAGAGUUUCAGAUCAAGGAAACAACUUACUUCACAUAAAAGGAGGAUGCAUACAGCAGAGAAACCCUAUAAGUGCCCGGACUGUGGAAAAAGCUUCAGCAUGAACAGUUUCCUUAGUUCUCAUAAAAGGGUCCAUACUGGAGAGAAACUGUUUCAAUGCUUGGAAUGUGGGAAGAACUUCAACACGAGCAAUGACCUGACUUCCCAUAAAAGGGUCCACACGGGAGAGAAACCCUAUCAAUGCGUAGAAUGUGGAAAGAGCUUCAGUAUGAAUAGUUCCCUUACUUGUCAUAAAAGGAUCCAUACAGGAGAGAAAAAAUAUGCAUGCAUGGUGUGUGGAAAGAACUUCAUGUGGAGCAAUCAACUUACAUCCCAUAAAAGGAUGCAUACCGGGGAAAAACCCUAUAAAUGCAUGGACUGUGGAAAAAGCUUCAGCAUGAACAGUUCCCUAACUUCUCAUAAACAGGUUCAUACAGGAGAGAAACCUUAUCAAUGCGCUGAGUGUGGAAAGAGUUUCGGUAAGAACAGCUCCCUUAUUUCUCAUCAAAGGGUCCAUACAGGAGAGAAACCCUAUAAAUGCAUAGUGUGUGGAAAAAGCUUCGGUAUGAGCAGUUCACUUACUUCACAUAAAAGGAUCCAUACGGGAGAAAAACCCUACAAAUGCUUAGAGUGUGGGAGGUGUUUCAGCACAGGAUGUAACCUUAAUUGCCAUAAAAGGAUCCAUUCAGGAGAGAAACCCUAUCAAUGCAUAGAAUGUGGAAAGAGCUUCAGGACAAACUGUAACCUUAACUCCCACAGAAAGAUACACACAGGAGAGAAACCCUAUAAAUGCAUAGAUUGUGGGAAGAUUUUCAGAAAAAUCAGCGAUUUUACUUCCCAUAAAAGGGUUCACAUUGAUCAACUAAAGAUACCUUUCAAGUUAUCACCAUAA